UUGAAAUAUACGGUAGCCCGACGCCCGGGGCUAGUCAGUUUAAAACUCGGGCUUGCUCAUUUAUAGUAACUGAUAGUCCGUCGGGCUAGCAAAUCGGAAAAAAAUCCUUGGCUUUCACUUUCGUUUUUUAUUUAAACUGGUUCCAUAAGAACUAGUUGAAUUGUAUCUAUCUUCAAAGCGUUUAAGAACAGGUGAAUAAAAGAGCAUAUUAAAGCAUCUUAAUCACAUUGAUCAAAGCAUGAGUAAGCAAACCACGUUGUUUGGAUUUACCCAACCGUGUAAAAAAUCAGCGGAGGUCAGUAAAGAUGAGAGAUACGAUCAGACAAAAAGGAAAAGAAAGUUCCAAGAAAGUUGGAGAGAAAGGUUUCCAUGGGUUGAGGUUGAAGUGCAGUCUCAUCCCUCAGGCUCAACUUCAAGUGACGCCGAUGUCAGUGACUGUAUUUACUGCAGAACAUUUCCAGAAUGUGCAAACAAAUCAAGUGCUCUAUUCAAGGGUACCGGUAAUUUCAGAAUUGAUCCACUUAUUUCGCAUGAUAAGACAAGCGAACAUUUCGUAGCAAGUAAACGUUAUUUUACCAGAAAUAAAAUUUGUGACCAGAAUAACAAUGGACCCGGAUUGAGAAAAAAUUCAGACGAACCCUGUAGUAGUAGUGCUAUAGACAAAUACAGAGAAAAGCUGUUACCAGCCGUUUCAAGCACAGAAAUUGCCAAAGCAAUGUACAGAUUAUCGGAUGAAGAAAAGAAAAAAAUGACCGUCCUCUUUAAUACAGCAUAUGCAGUUGCAAAGAAUGGAAAGCCCUUUAGUGAUUAUCUCUAUUUGUAUGAAUUGAAUAAAUUAAAUGGUUUAGAUUUUGGUGGCCAAUACAAUAACAUUCAUGCUUGUGAAAAUUUCAUUGAAGCCAUAGGUCAAACAUAUCGUGAGAAAAUUCGGGAUGAAAUUCUGAAGACAAACUGUGUUAGUAUUCUUGCAGAUGGUUCAACUGAUGCUGCUGUAUUGGAACAGGAAAUUGUAUACUUGCGAUAUGUCCAGCCAUAUUCUGGAGUUCCUGUAUGUAGGCAAAUUGACAUUGUAGCUGUCCAAUCAUCAGAUGCCACUGGGAUCCUUGCUGCACUGCACCAGGCUGUGGAGGAAGGCUUGAAUAUCAACAUGAGUGAUCUGCAUCCAGAUCACAAGGGGACACCAUCUCUUAAUAUGGCCAACUUUGAUGGAGCAUCUGUGAACUUUGGAUCCAAAUCAGGAGUUGUUGUAAAACUGAAGGAAGACUUUCCAGAACUGUUAUCUUUGCAAUGUGUGGCACAUAAAUUAGAGCUGUCAAUUUUAGAUGCUGUUAAAUCUUGGAAAUAUCUCAGUGAUUUUUUUGAAGAGGUUAUCAAAGGCAUUUUUAAGUUCUAUCACUACUCUCCAAAACGAAGGAGGGAAUUAAAGGCUAUUUCAGAAAUACUGGAAAAGGAUCUUGUACAUUUUCAAGUGUUAAGCAGGUCAGAUGGCUUGCUAGCAUCUAGCUCUUGAUGCUGUGAAAUAAAA